UUCCUCUAUAAAGCGGCGACCCCUACCCAAAAAUUUAACCUGCGCACCAACCCCCCAUGGACAAAACCGUCGGCGAUCCUUGGAAAUCGGAUACCGGCCUUUUUCGGCCGCCGGAGACCCCUCGUGAGCCCAUGGAAUUUCUCUCUCGCUCCUGGAGCGUGUCGGCUUUGGAAGUUUCUAAGGCUCUGGCUCCUACUCAGAUGCAAGCGCUUUCCAAGACGUUGAGUGGCGGCGGCGGCUUUGCCAUACCGGAGGACAUCGCCGGAGAGCUGGAGGAGGCGGCUAUUUCUGGGAACCCAUUUUCCUUUGCAUCUUCCGAGACCUCCCAACUCGUUAUGGAACGUAUAAUGUCACAGUCGCAGGAGGUGUCCCCGCGCACUUCAGGCCGUCUCUCACACAGCAGUGGCCCCCUCAACGGAACUCAGAGUUGUGGCUCCUUAACGGACAGCCCCCCAGUCUCUCCCUCUGAAAUCGACGAUCUCAAGUUUUGCCGCUCCAACAACCCUGUUAAUACCCAGUACAGACCAGCCACCGCAGCCACCACUGGCAAGACCGUCGGCAGAUGGCUCAAGGACCGCAAAGAGAAGAAGAAAGAGGAGACUAGAGCCCAGAAUGCCCAGCUCCACGCCGCUGUUUCUGUCGCUGGAGUGGCGGCUGCCAUCGCCGCAAUAGCAGCCGCCACAGCUGCCUCCUCCGGAGCCGGAAAGGACGAGCAGAUGGCGAAGACCGACAUGGCGGUCGCCUCUGCCGCCACUCUCGUCGCUGCCCAGUGCGUGGAGGCCGCCGAGGCAAUGGGCGCCGAGCGCGAACACCUCGCUUCGGUGGUCGGAUCCGCCGUCAAUGUUCGAUCUGCCGGCGAUAUCAUGACCUUGACGGCCGGCGCAGCCACAGCUCUUCGGGGGGCAGCCACAUUGAAGGCAAGGGCGUUAAAGGAAGUUUGGAAUAUAGCAGCAGUAAUUCCGGUGGAUAAGGGGAUGGGAAUUGGUGGUGGCAACGGCAGCAAUGGUAAUUCUAAUAGUAGUUACAGUGGUGAGCUCGUUGCUGAAGAAAACUUCCUAGGAAUCUGCAGCAGAGAAUUACUUGCUAGAGGCUGUGAACUUCUCAAACGCACCCGAAAAGGCGAUCUUCAUUGGAAAGUUGUCUCAGUUUACAUCAACAGAAUGGGUCAGGUGAUGCUUAAGAUGAAGAGCAGACAUGUCGCUGGGACCAUCACAAAAAAGAAAAAGAACGUGGUGUUGGAGGUCUGUAAAGAUAUGCCAGCUUGGCCUGGCCGCCACCUACUGGAGGGCGGGGAGCACCGGCGAUACUUCGGACUGAAGACGAUACAGCGGGGAGUUAUAGAGUUCGAGUGCAGGAACCAGCGGGAGUAUGAUAUAUGGACUCACGGUGUUUCCCGGCUCCUCACCGUUGCUGGAGAAAGAAACAACAGACAUAGAGUUUGAGAUUUCUCAAGCGAAGAAAUGAGUGGGGUACAAACUGGAUAAAAACAUUGGGGAAAGGUUUUCUGGCCCUUUGAACUUACCAGAUGUUGUAUAAUUUGGUGGGGCAGUGUUUUUUCUUUUGUUUUUUGGGUUUCUACUGUAUAAAGCAGAAAUUAAAGAUAAGUUAUCCAAAUGGGUUUCUUUAAUUUUGAUGAGAAUAUGUUCAUGGAUUUUGUUCUUAAUUUUGAACUGGAAAAGUAAAGUGUUGUGGAUCGCAAAGCAAGGACACCACCAUGUGUCUCAAGCUUCUCUGCUGGGGAAAGAAAAGGAGUAUCUUGGACUGGGGCAGUCAAAAGAGAAGAAAGGAAUCCCAUUUUGAGAAAGAAUAAUACAGAAGAUAAAGACAUGCCCAAUCCUAUGUGCUUUGUUGAUUCAUGUGAGUGGUUUUUUUGCCUUUACUAGAUUUUUAGGCUUACUUUAACAUUUUGAUUAGGUGGAAACGCUAAUUGUCUUGAUCUGUAAUCUUUGCACUUUAUAUAUAAUAAAUUAUUGUUUGGAUUAA